AUGAAAAUCCUCUUCAUCGGCGCAUCAGGCUCCAUCGGCGGCGAGGCUCUCCGCCAAUGCCUUGCUCAUCCAAAAGUCACUUCGGUAGUGUGCUUCGUGCGCCGCCCGCUCCCGUCAGAUGUCUCAAACAAUCCAAUACUUCAAUCAGUUAUGGUCAAAGACUUUUCUGUCUGGCCAGAAGAUGUGCUGCUUCCUCAUGUUGACGCCGCCGCCAUGAUCUGUGCUAUGGGCUCAUACCGGGGAGACGUAAGAGUAGAUCUGGAGUACCCUGUUGCUUUCCAACUUGCCUUCGCACCUCUUCUAGAGAAGCAACCAAAACGACCGCGAUUCCGCUUCAUUCACCUCAGCGGCAAAUUUGUCAUUCAAGAUCAAGAUGCAAAGCUAUGGGUUAACGACUACCCUCGUAAACUAAAGGGUCUCUGCGAAGUUCGAUUCAAAGAAUUGGCAGAAGAACAUAAGUCUGUCUGGCGAGCCUUAGUGCUUCGACCGGGCGGUGUGGUUACGCAAAACCUGAUGAUUCCGGGCAUGAUUGCAAGAGCACUAUUAGGCGAUAACUGGGUAAUUCUGAAUCGCGAAUUGGGUGCGUACUUUACGUAUUUGGCUGUCAGUGAAGAGAGUGAGCCAGAGGGGACGUUUCUGAUCGAGAAUAAGCGUAUUGUCGAGGGUGGAAGGGCGUUUUUGAAACGUCAAGGAUCAGGUUAG